GAAAUUCCAUCCUGUCGUCAACGUUGACGGCGUCGACGAAGAUAUACGUUGCGGACCCCAAGGAAACGCCGCCGUAUACUCGUGUCAUACACCCCACUCAUCUCCUUGCAACGCCAGCCAGAUCUCUACCCUCCCCAAGAAUUCUGACCUUUCAUUUCCAUCUUCCAUCCACCCAUGUCGGACGACGAACUGUACUCGGACCUCACGUCUAUCGACGAAAGCGGAGAUGAAGAGGAUACCUCAAACAAGCACUCAAAGAAGAAGUCAAAGACCAGCUUCCAUCGCACUCUCCCCAAACCCCGCGCGUGCAACUACACCGCGUCUUCGUUGUAUGAGCAAAUAACUCAAGGGGACAUUGACCUUGACCCGGAAUACCAGCGAAACGUGGUAUGGGGCGACGCGAAGCAAAUCCAGCUCAUCGACUCCAUCUUCCGCAACUUCUACAUCCCGCCGAUUAUCUUCACCCUUACUGUCGAAGAUGGCGAGGAAAAGCGGACGUGCAUCGACGGGAAGCAGCGUUUGACGUCGCUGCACAGGUUCAUGGACGGCCAGAUAUACCCCCCCUCCAGGAGGACAGGAGAAAAGUACUGGUACAAGGAUAUUGGUGGAACCUCGAAAAAUCAGGCGAAGAGGAAGCUGCUCCCCGAAAAGUACCGCAAGUCGUUCGCCAAGAAGCAAAUCGUGUGCGUCGAGUACGACGGCAUCAACGAGACGGAGGAGCGCGAGAUCUUUCAGCGUGUCCAAAUGGGCAUGGCCUUGACGCCGUCCGAGAAACUCGCCGUCAUCGACACCCACCGCUCGCGCUUCAUCCGCACGCUCCUCGACAAGUACCUUACCGAGGCCGGAGCGCUUUCCGGUCCGCCCCUCGACUGGGAUCGGUCUCGCGGGGGUGAUUUUCGUACGCUCGCGCUCGCGGUCUACGUGACCGAUCGCUUCCUCGAUGAGCCCGCGACGUACCGGCAGCUUCCCGGUGUCGACCAGCUGUCGCGCUGGCUCAGCGCGACUGAGCACGUGCCCUCUUCCGUGCAGACGACGGUCAUACGCGCGUUCGACGAGUUCGAGGCGAUCGUGCGCACGCCCGCGUACAAGCACAUCUUCCGCGCGCCCGCCAAGAUGGCGCCGAUCGAGGUCGCCAUGUUCGCCGUGCUCAUUGCGGCGCACGCGGGGAAGCCGCGCAGCGAGAUCGUGAAGCUGAUGGAGGCGCUGCGCGCGGACGUGCGCGCGCACCACGACGAUGUGCGCAGCAAUGGGAAGGUGACGCGUACGAUCCUCGACUUCAUCCACGUCAGUCGCGGCGGGAAGGCGGCGAACGGACAGCGCAAGCGUGGGCGGCAGGUGAAGCAGGAGCAGGACGACGGCGAUCCGGAGUACGUCCCCGGGGGAUCGAAGCGUCCGAAGACGGCGAGCGCGAGGAAGCCCAUGGCGCCACCGGAACCCAAGCCGACUGCGAAGAAGACUAAGCCCGCGCCGAAGAAGGCGGACGAUGUGAUGGCGCGCCUGCGCGAGGCGAGAGAGGGCCUCAAGCAGCCCAUCUCUGUGCCGACACCCCAGCCGCCGCAACCUUCCAGUGGUCUACCCUCUCCUCCGCUGUCAGCCAUGGCGGGCUCGGAGACGCCGACGCCCGUCAUUGGUGGUAUCUCUCUGGAGGCGAUGAUGAUGGCGCAGGGCUACAACGGGGGUAUGCCGCCCAUGUACGGUGGCGGGUACGGCGGGAUGUAUGGUGCCUCGCAAAGUGCAAGUGUCCCUCGCGACAGAGACCCCCGAGACUUCCGCAGGAGGUGA